AUGACUAUCAACAACCUAAUCGAGGAUCCCGAUCCUCCUUUCCCCUCGCCCCCCAUCUUCCCUCCCGACUCGCCUCCGCGUCCGGUCGAUGACACUAAGGGUUUCAACAAGUCUGGUUUACGCGAAGAUCGUUCCUGUUGGGAAGGAACCCAUGGCAAAGGUGCCCCUGGGGAGGAAGCUAUGCCCGACAAAUCCGUGAAACUCGGUGCGAAGGGCAAAGGUAAAGACAGGGGAGAGCCGGUUACCCGUAAAACUAUCGGGAAAUCUGGCACUGUGGUAUCUCGUUCGUUUGGACACCGUGGGGACCCGGGUAUAAAACCUUGUGGUUUUUCGUGGCAUGAUUUAGCGGCUGACGACAGCGACGCGGAAAUUGAGGCUUGUGAUCACUCGUUAGAAAACUAUGACUUUGGUGAUUACGAUCCUAUUCCGGCUCUACCUGCCCUUCCGGCUGCUCACACGGUUUCUGUGCAUACAUCUGUCGUUUCAAAUGCCGAUGUUAUGGAAACUGAGGUCCACUCUUUUAAUGGGUCCCCACGGGAGUCUGGUCCAGCGAACCUGGACGAGCUCCUCAACAAGUUCGAUGGUGUGCCGGCUAGUUCUUUCCGGCCCUCUGAGGUUUUAGACGCCGUUGUCGGCGCCCUAGAGCUCUUGCCACGAGAGCACCAGGCCAGAGGCCAAAAGGUUCUGCAAGUGCUCACGAGGCACCAUUUAACGCUGAUUGAGAAUGCGGCUCGCUGCACUAACGGGGCGCCAUCCCCUGUUCUGGCCCCCCCUCCCCCCCGCACGACGGUGUGCAUCGGGGCACCGACCCCUGUUCCGGUACCUCCCCACGAGGCACCGUCCUCUGUUCCGGUCAACCCCUCUGCCCAACCCCCCCGCCCCUGGACGGUUGUCGCAAGCAAAAGACGGCGCCCUAAUGGUUCCACACCAGAACAUCCGCGCACUAUCGCAACACCAGCGGCCCCCAAGGCUGGCAAGGGCAAGGGCAAGGGUAAGGGUUCUACACCCCAAGGUGCCACGAGGGCUGCGUUGGAACGGGCUAAGAAAGCCACCAACAAGAAGUCCGGUGUUGUUGAGCUCCGCUCAGACAACGAUGAUGUGCCUGACAUGACGGCGGCGGAGUUCAUGGCCUUCC